AUGGCACCAAACUCUGCAGAUUCACAGGCACAACCUACAACUUCUAGUAGUGGUGCUGCAAUUGUGAUAGAUCACAAUCAUCCCCUGUUUUUGCAUGCAUCUAAUGUAAGUGGAGUACAAAUUGUAUCGUUUCAGUUGACUGGAAUUGAGAAUUACCCAGUUUGGUUUAGGUCAAUGAAAAUUGCGUUGCUAGGAAGGAACAAGUUGGGGAUGAUUGAUGGGUCAUGUAAAAAGGAAGAUUUCCCAGGAUUAGAAAAUAAUUGGGAAAAAGUCAAUGCAAUAGUGUUAUCUUGGAUCAUGAAUUUUGUGUCAAAAAGCUUGUUAGGAGGCAUAAUGUAUGCUUCGAAUGCUCGAGUAGUGUGGGAUGAUCUGUUUGAAAGAUUCAACAAGAUCGAUGGGUCAAGAACCUUUAAUCUGCACAAGGAAAUUGCAACUUUAAGUCAAGGCACAAGUUCUGUGUCUGCUUACUGUUGA